AUCACCGACCAGUCGCUGCUCAUCUGCAAAUACGACUUCAUCAGCCUCCAGUGCCAGCAGGUGGUGAGGGUGGCGCUCAGCGCGGUGGACACCAUCUCCUGUGGAGAAUUCCAGUUUCCUCCCAAGUCGCUCAACAAGCGAGAAGGCUUUGGGGUUCGCAUUCAGUGGGACAAGCAGAGCCGCCCUUCUUUCAUCAACAGAUGGAACCCCUGGUCCACAAACAUGCCCUAUGCCACCUUCAUUGAACACCCGAUGGCUGGCAUGGAUGAGAAGACAGCAUCUCUGUGCCAAUUGGAAAGCUUCCAGACUCUCCUGAUCCAAGCUGUCAAGAAAGCCCAGAAGGAAAGCCCACUGCCAGGACAGGCGAACAGCGUGCUGGUGCUGGAGCGCCCACUCCUCAUCGAGACCUACGUGGGGCUGAUGUCCUUCAUUAACAAUGAAGCCAAGCUGGGUUACUCCAUGACCAGGGGCAAGAUAGGCUUCUAGACAGCUGUUUCCUCAAGAAAACCAAGGUGGUAGGGACUCGGUGUGCAACCCCAUGCUACCCACUGUGGCUGGAGAGAACACGGGCGUUGUCCCUUUAGGUGUCUGAGUAGAACAGUCAAGUGAAUUAUAUAUAUAUAUAUAUAUAUAUAUAUUUAGUUGGAUAUUGGGCACCUUGGCAACAAGAAGGCAGAAAUAUUAACUGUCCUCGUGCCACUGUGUUCUUCUGUAACUCACAUAAAAGUUUUUCCACUGUCCCUACUGGGCUUGUUCUUCCUGCCCUGUUCCUCCAGCAUGCUGAGCACAGUGUACCUGGCCACUUCUGCUGUGUGGACUAUUGAAUACAGGGCGGAGCACAACAAUUCUGGAGCCUGCACAUGCAUUAACACCCCAGCAAGUUUUGUAUUUUGAAAUUCAGCCCAUUUUUAAAAAGCUAAGUACAAUAGCAGCUAGCAGACUAGUUACCAAGAAAGAUUGCCUGCCUGGCAGCUUCUAGUGAAACUGCCCUUCUGUGAAUAUGUUUGGCCUAAAGUCACACUUUAUAAAAUUCAUCCAGGUUGUAUUCAGCAAUUUUCCCAAGCCCAGAAAAGGUCAGUUUCAUGACAUAAUCCAGCCCCUUCUGGAAGUUGUGGUAGUGGGUUUACAUCAUCCUGUCUCUGUUUAAAAGGGACUGAGUAGUUUAAGAAGUGCAUGUUUAUUAAUAAACAGACCAGCCUGUAGCCUCACACACACACACCCCAGGCGCCUUCAGCCCCACUGAGCUUUGCUGAGCUUCAACAUACCAACCACACAUAGCUUGCCCCUGUGGCUCCAGCAUUUGUCAGUACAACUGGCCUGUCACUUGAUACCUCUACCGCAGCUUUAAGUUAACCAGCAUGGAUGUGACUAUAGUGUCAGGGCCUGGUCCAGCGGAAAGGUGACCUUGGAUGCACCUGGUCUUUACCCCAUGCUUUUGGUCUUACAGUAAAGACGUUGAAAACCAAA